AUGGGCAUCUCUCCGGCCGCUCCGCCCGCGGUUUGUACUUCUACGGCUUUUGCCGUGCCGACGCAGGCGGCUUCUCGCGGCGGCUACCAGGCCCGGCCUGUCGACAUGAAGGCCCCCAGGCCACCGCCAAAGGCGCCUGCUCGAAGUCAGGAGAAAGCUGAAAGCGAGGAGGAGGAGGAGGAGGAAGAAGAGGAAGAAGAGGAGGAAGAAGAAGAAGAGGGAGAAGAGGAGGAAGAGGAGGAAGAAGAGGAAGAAGAGGAGAAAGAAGAGGAGAAAGAAGAGGAGCAGGCAAGGGAAGACGCCAAACCUGGCAACUUCGAUGAAGAGAUCGCCAGAGCGAGGGCCUGGGCGUCGGCAGAGGCCAUGGCCGCCGCCAAGAAGGAGCUGCUUGAGCAGAAGGCGAAGUGGCGAGAGGAGAAGCUGCAGUUGGAGCGCAGGCUGAAAGAGCUGCAGGAGACAAUGGCAAAGCAGCCAGCUGAGCAAGGCCGCCUGGACCUGUGUUGCGCAGCAUCCUGGCUGUCGCACCAAUCGGCGCAGCCGGAGUCCUCCGGCCCUGAGGUGCGAUUGGAGACCUCCUGGUGGCCCCAGCUUUCAGCUGAUCUGCCCAGCGAGGAGACCGACGACUACCGUUUGCACUUCGGAGUGCUCGAGGCAGACAGGAGUGGGCGCUUGUCUUCCGUCCGGCUGUACCCAGAGGCGUUUCUGUGGCAGCCGGAUGAGAAGGCUUUGGAUUCGCUGCAGCAGGACCUUUGCCUUGCGCAGCAACGCUUUCUCGAGCACUUCUUGUCCUGGGCAGAGUUGAACUCAGCUCCGUCGGCAUGGCUUGUGUGCAACGAGGGUGAGGCCUUCGGCCUGGGCCAGGCGCUCCUCGCCUUUGGUGAGGGGCAAUCAGGGUGGCGCGGCACAGUGGUGGUCUUGGACCGCACCAAGUCGAAAGAAGAGCCUGCGCUGGAGGUGCUGUCAUUGGGCAAUGGCCCACGUCGCCUGGUCUUCGAUAUGCUCCUGAAGUUCCACAAGGCCAGGGACCUGAGGCUGGAGGAGGUGGCCUACCUCGCCAUCGACGAGGCGGACUUUCUGCUGACGCAGGGCUUUCAGGACUUGUACGAAAUCCUGGACCUAGUAGAGCAAGAGUCCAGGUACAAGAAGAACCUGCGAUAUUCUCUCAUCACUGCCAGCAUCACGAGGCCCUUGUGGAAGAUCUUCCAGGACGACCCCCGGUUCCGCAGCUUGAAGGUCCUGGAGUCCAGAGCGCUCCAUAAGCCCCAGGCGAACUGCUCCCACACCAUGCUGCUCACGAAGGGCCGGUGCAAGGUACGGAUGCUGCCGGGCGCCCCAGAGCAAAAUCGGGCAGAACGGGCAGCGCGGCAAGCGCUUUUGGAGCGUUCAAGCGAGCUUUUGUUAUAG